AUGGGCGAUUCCAAGGGCCUAAGAGUGAUUUGGCCUCCCAAUGGCCUAAAGCCACCUAACCACGCACAUGAGUAGGGGUUCACUCUCCUGUUCCAUUCAUAAGUGAACUGACCAUCUUCUAGCAUUGUAUUUGUACACAACCAGAGAUCUAUAUUCGACUGGAAGGCAAAAGAUGGAGCCAUUCUUCCAGUGAAGAUUGGAACAGAAUUAGAGACAAGUCGUAUUUUUGGAUUUGACUAUGAUCUGGAAGACGCGAGGAUCACCUCUGACGGCUUCUUUGAAAAUGACAUUAUAUUCGGCCCAGGUUACGAUCUGUGUUCAAAACUAAAUGUCGUGAAGAACACAGACAAGGUAAGUGCGAGAAGGCUCCUAAUUUCGAGAUGAUAUGGAGCAAACGUGUUGACCAUUUCUCUAGGGGCAGAUUCCAAUAACCUUUGUUGGUCAUUCCGUCGGUGGUGUGAUCAUCAAACAUGUAGGUGCGAGCGAGUUCGCGAUGUAUAAUGGUCAUCUAACAUCAAGUAACAGGCACUCUGGAUUUCCAAACAGAGACCUCAAUUGGGAGCCAUCUUGAAACAAACAAGCCACGUUAUUUUUGUCGAUACGCCUCAUUCUGACUUGACUUGGAGUCUUUGGAAAACCAUAUCAGCUGGACCCCAAAGGGAAAGCCGUGGCUGCUGGCAACUAUGGUCAACCGCUGUUGAUAGUGCGCAAGAUAAGUUUCGGAAGCUUGCGUGUUACUUUAACAUCUCGUCGGCGUACCUAGUAUUGAGAGGCCCUGAGGUACGUAUCCUCAUUCAUCCAAAGUUUGGAUGCCAACUUACCGUUAUUGUUCGCUCCUUUAGGCAUCUCUUGAUGGAGAUACCUUAG